AUGGAGAUCAGUGGAGAAGAUAUUUAUAGCUGGUGUAGAAGUAAGGGGGUGGAUGUACAGAAAAGUGUGAGUAUUAUGGGAAAUUUGGUUGAUGUUACGGAGGAAGAUAUCAGUGAAAUAAAAAAGAUGUAUGGAGUGAAACAAGCACAUAUUAUAGAUAAGUGGAAAGAUAUUAGUGAUGAGCCAUGUGCCAUUUUAAUAAGUAAUGAUAAUCAAUUAUAUGCGUCGCUAAUCCCAGCUAAUAUUUUAAUAGAAAGGAUACCUGGUAGGAGAUUGCAAGUAAGGUGGCCAGUGGAUACGUAUGCAGAUGGAGGAGAGCAAGCUAUAAUGAAAGAAGAAAGUAAAGUUGAGAGUACUAGCGCAGGGUGUUACCAUAAUACUAGUAAUACAUCCGAAGAAACAUCAAUGGGUGAAGAAAAAAUAAAUCCCCAAGUGGAGAAUGUAAUGGAUAAAGUGGUUAGCCACUUUGAAAGAUGGCAUUAUGAAGGAGGAUAUAGAAGACUGAGGAUAUUUUCAGGGGUAAUUCCCAUUCCAACUGGAGAAGAGAGCUAUGAGGUAUGGCGAGAGGCGGCAGUACAACAUUCCGAGGAGUGGAGGUGUCCGGAGCAUAUUAAAAAACAGAGAAUUGUGGAAAGCUUAAGGGGACCAGCGAUGGGAAUCAUUCAUGCUACUAGGAGAAGUAAUUCCAAUGCUACUUUAAAAAAUUAUUUUGAGGCUCUGGACUACUCUUUUGGUACAUUAGAAGAUGUGGGAGAUCUGCUGUCGCGGUUAAAUCAGACUUACCAAGAACCUACAGAAACCCUCACCAGUUAUAUAUAUCGUUAA